AUGAUCAUUCGGGCCGAGAUCGCCGAUUACGACGUGGGUCGGGUGCUGAUUGACACCGGAAGCUCGGUGAACGUGAUCUUUGCCGAUGCGUUCAAAGGACUGGGAAUUGCCGACAGCAUGGUCAAUCGGCAAAUCACGCCUCUCCUCAGUUUUUCUGGAGAUCUGGUCCAACCAGUCGGUAGCAUCAGUCUGCCCAUCGCCUUCGGCGUCGCCCCUAGGAAAACCAUGACCUACGAUCAAUUCCUCAUUGUUGACUGCCCAACGGCAUACAACGUCAUCAUAGGGCGAACGGCGCUCACCAGGGUGAAAGCCCACUUAUCUCCACACAUGUUGCUGAUGAAGUUCCCGACACGCAACGGUACCGGAGCCAUCCGGGGCGAUCAGCUCAGCGCACGGACGUGCUAUGCCACGGCCCUUAAGUCGGUAGCCAGCAAACCGCCAAUGGAAGCCAUGACCUUGUAG